GAGAGAACUAGUACAUGUUGUUAUCCCCUGAGAAGCUGCAGGGAGUGGAAGGUGAGGAGCUGCCGGAAGCAUGUGGUACAGGAAACGUGACUGCUAGCACACUUUCCCAUGGUGUUGCAGAAAUAUGCGAUAAAGGAAAUAUGACUGCUAACACUGCUUCUCAUGUCCAACCUGGAACGAAUAUUACCCUCGCAUGCCAGCUAAAACAGCCAAAACAGAAAGAGCAAUGCAAGAUAGCUAUUUUCCUUAACAGUUCUGAACUAAGUAGCAAUUAUGGCAGUUCAGUAAGCACCAAAUUUCUGGUCCAGACAUAUGGCAAACUCAUGUUUACUUGCAAAGUAGUUUGUGAAUACAAGAAAAAACUCAUCUGUGGAAUGGAUAUAGAGUCUGGAAAUCCUCCAGAUCAGCCAAAAAAUGUAUCGUGUAUACAGUAUGGGACAGAUGGUAAUCUUACCUGCACCUGGAAUAAAGGAAGAUUUACACACAUAAACACUACAUAUGUAAUACAGCUAUCAAAUGGGUCUGAUAUGUUAUAUUUUUUUGAAGAAAAUGUGACUAAUAAAUUUGGCUCACUGGUUCUGAGCACGAAGUUGAAUUUUGACUCCACUUACACAGUUGUGGUUGCUGCCUGCAAUGAACUAGGAAAUGCUUUUUCACAGCCGCUCAUGUUCAUGUUAACAGACGUAGUGAAACCACAUCCUCCCAAGUUUUUGGUGAAAUUUGAGAAUUCUUCUGCAACAAAUUGCACGUGUUUUUGGCGUGACGGAGCACAAGCACAGCACUUUAGACUAAGAUAUCGUCCACUUAACAGUUACACCUGGAACAUGGUUGAAAGAUUAAAUAGUGAAAAAUGCGAUCUUUAUGGUCUGGAGCCUUAUACAGAAUACGAAUUUCAGGUUAGCUGUAAAAUUCACCCUGAGAGAGGACUGUGGAGUAACUGGAGAACAUUUCAAACUCAGACUCCAGAAGCAGUGCCUGCCAAGCUCUUAGAUGUCUGGUACAAAAAGCAGGACAUGGACUCUCAAACGCAGAACAUUUCUCUUUUUUGGAAGGCUUUGAGCAAGUCAGAAGCAAGAGGAAAAAUCCUGCAUUACACAGUGUCCUUUCAAGCACUAAACCCCAGGAGUCCCAAAGCAAUAGAAACAAAUGUUACCACGCAGACCAGUUACACCAGAGUCACGCCAAAGAUGGGCUACAACAUAACAAUCACUGCUGAUAACUCAAAGGGCAGCUCCCCUCCUGCAUCCGUUGUGACCGAGCUCAAGCUGGGCAUUCAGGAUCUGCCUCCUCCUCGGAAUGUCUCUGCUAUAGCAAUGGGAAAUAACAGCAUCUUAGUCAUCUGGAAACCUCCCAUUAAAUCUACUGCAUUCAUCAAUGGCUACAUAGUGGAAUGGAUAGAUAUCCAUAGAAAUAAGAGCCUGGAACCCCAUCUAAACUGGAUAAAACUUCUAGCAUCCAACCUGUCUACAGUGAUAUCAGAGCACAUAAAAGAUCAUGUGUGCUAUCACAUUGCUGUAUCUGCACUUUAUCAGGACAGAGCUGGACAAGUGGCAUCAGUUAGGGGAUACUCGAGAGAAAAAGCACCAUCAGCUGGGCCCCAGAUGUAUCCAACACCACAGACAAAUGGCAUUUUGGUUUCAUGGGAAGAAAUCCCUGCCAACCAGCAGAUGGGCUGCAUUACAGAGUACAAUAUAUACCUCCAAAAAAAAGACAGUGAGGUAGCUCCAAAAGUCUAUGCCAUUCAAAAUGUGACUUCCCAACAUUCAUUUUACAUUGCAAAUCUGCAAGAUGGCGAGAAUUAUUUCCUGUGGAUGACAGCAUCAACUGCUGCUGGAGAAGGCCCCCAGGGAAACAGCGAGCUCGUUUGGUUGCAAAGUGCUGUAGACUGGAUUACUGUUGUGCUCACCUGCAGCGUCUUCAUAUUCUCAGCCUGUAUUUGUGCUAUACCUCCUGCACGGAAAGUAUUACACUUGCUCCUUUCUUUCAUUGUGCCUCAAUGGUAUAGCAAAGCCAUUCCCAACCCAGCUAAUGCUACAUGGGCUAAGAACUACACAUCUAUGAAGGGUGAGCUGAGUUUACCUUCUCAUCUGUUUCUACACAACAUGAGCGGUUUUGAAGAGCCCGAAACAAUAGAAGUAGAGGAAGCCUUCAUAAAGAAAGACUCUCUGGUUUUCCAGGACAAACUCAACUUCAGCAACAUUAAUAGCAGUGAAAAUCAUGACUGGCAACUGGAAAGCAGCUUUGAGAAACAGCAUUGCGAGUACAAGCCUUUGCCCAGCACAACAGAGGGAGAUAUUUAUGAGCAUCAACUUCCCUACUUGUACAAGAAGAUAGUAGUGGACAUUACAGAACAAACGCAAACUGCUUCCGAGUACAUUGCUAAUCCAAUUACUGAAACUACAACUUAUCUACCCUCAGCUGUGUUAUCACCUAUGACAGCCACUAAUGAAGACGACUAUGAACUUGACUGCAAUCCAAUUUCUGUUUUCCCAACAACUUCUUUUUUGACACCAGUAUUUUCCUAUGGAGGGAAACUUACCCUAGAUGCAGUAAAAAUAAACUAACUCCUUCACAAGGUAGGUUAUCAGGGUGAUAUAAGAGUCUGGCAUGAUUUUUUGCACUUUGGUCAAACACUGCAGCAUGUGUUUGAGUACAGCCAAUACAGUAACUUGUACAUGACACCUUUUACUUAAAUGACACAACUCACAGACCUUGAGUUUCAGCAUUGCCACACAUGCCUUACUUCACAGUGCAGGAGCUCUUUAUCCACAGAUCAUGUUUACACAGAAUUAAAGACAGAAGACCUGGGAUUACCAGGGCUCAGUGACCUGGCUCUUUGAGGGAUUAAUCACUCUCUCAGGCUGCCUUCAUAGAGUCUGGAUUGCCUCAGCAACUUUGUCCCACUGCCUAACACAACAGCUUGCUUCACUGGAAGUCAGACACUUGCUAGCAAUAUCAUUUAAACCACUGCUUACCCAGAAGAGGUGAGGAGCUAUUUCCGUUAAGGUCAAGCCUCAGUAUUUGACCUCCAGCAGGAUCCUGGCUAUAGUCCGUAUUCCUGCUACACACAUUAGAAAUGCAGCAUUUGGAAGUCUGUAUAAACUGGUGCUAAACUUACAUACUCAAAAACCCAAUAGAUAGUAUUUAUUUCAGUGCAGCCUGCAUAUAGGCAGUAAUUGCUGUUUUCCUUAAGUACGCUGGUGCUACAGCCCAACACGGGCACUGAAGGAUGCAUAACCUCAUCACUUCUGCAGCAGAAUUCAAAAGUUUAAUCAAAGUGAGCCUGCCUUUAUGACUCAAAAUUAGAAAGGGAGAAGGAAUCCUUGCCAAGACUAAAUAGGCAGCGCAUGUACACAGUAAGUCAAAUGGACUAGUGAGAGGAAUUUAAAUAAUUUAUUGAAGUAUUCUAAUUACAGUUUUGAAGUAUUUGUUACACAUUUAUUGACUUUAAUCAUAUGUGUGUGUGUAUGUGUGUGUAUAAUAUAUAUAUAAAAAUAAAACCUUGGAAAUCCAAAAGUUGUUUCCUGUUGUUUUCUCCAGCCAAUUUCAGGUGCUGAGCUGCAGCUACACAGAAUAAAAUGCUGUUUUUAAAAGUAAAGCAUAUGCUUUGCUGCUAGAGAUGAGGUAGUUCAGAUUUUGAACUUACCUUGAGUAUCAGUUCUUUGCCUUCUUUUACUCAGGAUUCAGAUUGCUGUUCUCCAUCCAAGGCUGGUAACACAAGCCGUUAAGUUAGUGGCAUAAAGCUAGUACUGAAAACCUGUGAUACUAUCAUCUCAAAGUGCCUCUACUAAAAAAAAAAAAAAACAAACUUAGAUCUAAGUUCUUGAGGAAGUGAUCCUUAACAAUCCUGCAAACGUAUUCUUCUAAAGCAGCAACAGAAAAAUACUUGCAGCACAAGACUUACUUCAAAGCCAUGGCUUUUCCCACUGCGUUUGACUUGAAAUAAAGAAACUAAAAGGAAUUGUUGCAUUAGAGAGACUUCUUGCUUGUUCUCCUCCAGCCUUUAUUCCAGAUCCAGCUAUGUUAUCUUCUGAAAAGGUCCAUAAACUGGUAUUAUGGUCUCAAGUUCAAAGAUGCCGUAUGACAAUCUUGUGUUUAACUGAACACACUGCCUUCUGUCAAGUGUGAGAACAGUACAGGAUCAUUAUUAAAUUUGUAGAGUUCUAUACAUCUACCUGUAUUGUGAAGAUGCCUCUAUAGUAGAUGGUAAUCUAUGAAAAUGUGUAUAUGAGUUUUAAGGUUCCAAUUACUCAGUUUUAGGAAUGUGAAAUUAAGAGUCCUGAGACCAGCUCUUGUGUACAGCAGUGACUUCUUAAUGGAUUUCUCUGCAAUGUAGAAAGAUGCUCAAUAUGCCCAGUGUAUUUCAUUUUAAUUAGCAUAACAACUGAUCACAAGUAACAUGUCUCUUCUCAAACCUUAAGUUUUCCGGUCUUCCGCUUCUGCGUCUUGAACACAAAAUCAUAUCAUCAACAGUGAUUUAGCUAUCAUUAGAUUUAGUCUAUACUUGACAAAUAUUCCUACACAGAAAAGACACCUACUUGUUAUAAUAAUGAAACAGCUCAGGUAUCUGAUCAGCAGUUAAGUGGAAUCCAGCAUGCAGCUUGUCAAUCAGCUUUCCACCUGACACUACUUAAAAAUCAAAGUAAAUAACCUUGACCUCACCACACUGCUGAGAUGUGUUCGAAUAACUGGAGUUUGCCAGCCAGUAGGAUCAAGAGCGUCACGAAAUGUGGCAUUCCAUCGAUAACAGCUACUCAGAGCUCAGGAAGGAACCGAGGGACAGAAAAAUAUAUACGCAACCGCUAUCCACAAAGUUUUCCAUUGUUUUCCAAAAGCAAAGGAGAAGGCCCUUCUGGGAAAUGUUGCAAGAAGAGAUGAGGAAAACCAUUCCAGAUAAACAGCUACCGGCAAGCUGCUCUAAUUCAAGCAUGGUUAAAAGUUGAAACCGUGCAAGCACUCAGGCUUCUCUGCAACACAAAGGACAGUUUUUGAAAAAUGCUUUCCUGCUGCAACACGUGCAGAAGCCUCCCAGCACUCAGAGCACAGGGGCUCACUUCCCAGCAGCCGGCACAACUCGGCUGCUCCCCACGGCUGUCCCAGCACAGGCAGCUCAGUUUCCAGACAGGAACGCCCCUAUACUCACCUUGGGCACGACACUACCCACUCCCUUUCCCACCUGUAACAAGGGAUUAUUUUCCCAUCACAGUCACUACAAAGUUUAUGAGUUCCUGUCAUGGAAUUCAACAGUCCCUGAUGGAAUACUUACCCUUAUUGCCCACUUGACAUUAACACAUGUUUGUGCUAGAAAUCAUGCUUUGGAAAAAAAAAAAAACAAAACUUAUUUCCAGAUGUGCAAGUAAGUGCACAUGCCUAAGCAGUCUCUCGCUUGAGGCAGAGGAACAUUUUCAUUAAGACAAAAUACAGCAGCCUUUGCCUCUCCAAGGUACUAAUGCAAGCAAUACACAUUUCCCUUUCCCACCUGCAGUUUGAAUAUGGCUGUCCAAACUGGCAGGCUUUUUUUUUUUUUUUUUUAAAAACUCAAAGGACUCUCAAUACAUCUUGUAAAAUUUUACAGAAGCUCUGCAAUACAGUCCCUGCUCAUGUACUAACUGAAAGUUUAGAUUUGAAUUGUAUUUUGGAAUAUAUUUGAACUUGACCUUCUCCUCAUUACCACCUCCAAACAGGCCCAGGACUUCUCUAUGCUCAAGGUUACAAACAAAAAGGUAGCUGUUCAUGGAUGGACUCGGCACGGAAGAGGACAAACUUCCGCAGAAAAUUGGUUUUCAACAGCGGCCCACAAGUGACCUGCAGAACAGCAGCCCUUUUUAGCAUCUUCAUCCAAAUCUGAUAAAGGUGCAUGGUGGCCCGCUGUUAAAAGGGAUCGCUGCAAGAAGAAAGCAUGUAAGUAGCAACCACCAUUUUGCCUUGACGCGCUUCCCUCCUGCGCCGUGCGAGUGCCCUGCCAACAUCACGCUUGACCCGCAGCAGCUCCCCUGCGUGCACGCUCACCCAGCGCUGCUCCAGCCGCAGCCGGCCAGACCUGCGGUCUACUUUCUUAAGAGAAAGAUGACGGAAGCAGAGCUGACUUGCCCUCUGUACGUUACAUCACACAAUAAAACUCCUGACGUCUGUCAAGUACAAACCCCAAAACACAACUAAACAUACCGGUCACGUGCUAGUUUAAAUUUCUGUAAGUUUACACUAAAAACAAUCCCACAUCAAAUUUACCUUCGUUCCACCCAUUAAAGAAUGUGCAAGUAAAGUAAAGCUCCCUCACCUCUGGCUUGGUAUUACGAGGACCUUUGCAGAAAUGUCUCGCGAGUGAAGGCCAAACAGUUCAAGUACACUUAUCAGUAAUUACAGGUAAGUUCACAUACUAGCGCAGUGGAUUCUGUGACAUGUAAAAUGAAGCAGCCUUAGCUCAUGUUUAACUGUCCACAAACAAGCAUCAGCGCUGGUCCAGCUCACCUCCGGUCCUGCAGAGCACCCAAGAAAGUGAAAUGCGUUUUAACAUUACCUGUUAAUGCUGAACACAAAUUAAAAGCUGUAUGAUUACCCAGAAUUGAGAGAAUCUCUUGAGCACUGCACACACCUCAAUCAUAUAUCAAGUCUCAAGGUUGCACAUACAACCACUUUCUGAUUUUGAAGUCUUAAUUGCUGAUAAAACAUGAGAGAAAAAACACCCCAAACUAGAAGGUCCUACUUCAUUUCCAUCUUCCAGGAAGAAGAAAUGACAGCAUGCGCUAACUCAUCUUUCAGACGACCUAAGCAUGGUCAGUUUUGCAUGUACUACACAACUUGGACAAAAAUGCAUUAAUUCCUGUAACGCUGCAAUCUUCAGUCCUUACAGGAGCUGUGAUCAGCUUGAGGCACCAACUGCGUGGCUAGCCACAGCCAAACAAAGCAGGGCACAGUCACCACAGCUAUUUUAUUGCUAGGAACAAACCCAAGACUACCUUGUUACUGAAAGCUUUGAAGACAGAGUGAAAACAGCUUUGUUACUAUGUGUCACUUGCACUGCCAUUUUCUGAUCCCCAUCAAGUAUUUCAUGUAUGAAAAUAAUGUAUGUGAAGGCAACAGAUAGAACUACACCCAGAGAGGCUUCAGACAAGUCGGUCAGGCACUGCUCUCCAGCUUCAUAAAAGACCACUCUCACAGCUAUUAGCCUUAACACUUAAAGAGUGUUAAGGUUUUUUUGCAAAACGCAUCAGCCCUGCUACUUCAUUUUUACGUCUAGCAGCUUGCUUUGGUAAGCAGUAUCCAGCCUGGUGUACAGAUAUUUUCCGUCCCCGUGAUGACUCUGGCUCUGAGUUACUCAAACACUUCAUUCGUAUUUGUGUUGGACAUCCAAGACGACACAGCUCCGUUUUCAUGCUCUCCGUACUCCACCUGGCAACCACCCUGCAGCAGGGCUCUGGCUGCACAUUGCAGACUGAUCAGUACCUCAAGUCAGCUGCGUCAAACCACAUUAGGUAUCUUUUACAAAAGGUAUUCUUAAAAAACACCACACUAUUUUGUCAUUAAUGUUUCCUUACAUUGACCUUCAACUUUAUAGACAGCAGCACUUAACAUAUUGCUAGCCAAUUCUGAAAAUUAUUGAUCACAAACUGAACACUACAGUACCUCUUCUCCUUCCCUUAGGAGAGUUCAAGUACAUGAAACCCAGAAGUCCAAGUUCCCACGUGGAGCUUCCCACAAAGUCCUACUCAGGCUUGAAAAGGCACACGGCACCAUCAACAGGAACAGUGACCAAACUACUCCUAUCUGAAAGUCCCCUAGAAGUACAAAUGAGCCAUUUGUCCCAAAUCGGAUUCCACCCCCUAAGCAAAAAUACGGUGUUCAUUUUUCCUAACACAGCACCCAGCACAGCAGCAGUGACAGUGUCCACCCCACUCGCGGGAACAUGCCCUGCACCUGGGGCAGAUGCUAGCACCUGACUGGCGAAGGCAGACCAAAGCAUCAGCUCUGCAAUGAGGGUAACGUGGCCCUUGUAAUGAUUUUAUAAAAGAAGUAGGUUAGCAAAUGCUGGAAGUAGCAGCUUUAGGCAUAUGUCCUGCGUUUAUUAAAACAAGAGGCGUGGCUAUGCAAACGAAUCUCAAUGGGCAAAAAAAGUCAUUACAGUUAAGAGUGGUCUCAACUCUUUGAAACUGCAAACACCAUAUAUUCACACCGACUUCUGAUGUUUAGUUUUCCUCAGAAGAGUUCGUGUCCUUUCCCACAAGGACAACACUUGCAUUUAUCAUCAGUCUUGUUCCCUCCCAGUAUCAGUGGCAUUCAAUCCAUAAGAUGAACUUUCAUGCUCAAACCUUGCAAUCAUUUCAUUCGUAAGCCAAUUUUCGUUACAUGCUUCUCUCCAAUUUUUUCUGCUCUGACCAUCUUUUUAAAAUGGUUCAGAUUUAAAAAGGUCUAGUCCUCUGGAUUUGGCGUGACAGCACAAGUAGCAAGCAAGAGGACAGAAAAUGUUACUACAGAGCAAGCUCGUUAAUAGUAAAUACUGGAGCUACUCAACAGAGGGAGACAUUUUCCCAAAGCAAAGUCCAUUGCUAGUAACGGAAAUGCCUGGGCACCAUCACCACUCGGGGCAGAACCUAGAUGAGACACUAUUCAUCUAAGUGGAUUCACGUCCACGUGUCUUCAUGACAUUUUUAAAAGAGCAUGAAAAUAAACCUUUAUUUCAGUUAACACCCACCAAUAUUAAAGAUAUAUGUUCACAGUUUUAGUUCUUGACACAAAUGGACUGAAAGAGGCAAAUUUACAUCUAUCAGAACAGCAGACAGACCAAUUUUAAGUACAAGCCAUCCUGGAAAUUUUAUGUGACAUGCCAUUCAGGAAAUUGCUCUAUAAUCUAAAGCAAGAGAAGGGAAAGCUUCUGA